CCAAGUAGCAGCCCAAUCCAUUAACCUACCAAUGCCUUCGCUCACCGCCCCCGAAACCCCAAACUGGCGGUGGCGUGAAGGGACAGAUGUUGUAUUCGUCCUGCCGCCACCUCCUCUCCUCCUUUCCCAUGGCGGCAAGCAAACCCCAUCGCCUCCAUCAAAUCGUGGGGGCGUCGCUUUUGAGCUCCAGUAAGAAGCCGAGGACGAUGGCGACGGAUUCCACCAUGAAGCAGGAAUUCACGAAAUAUGCUGACUAUCUCAACGAACUUAAUGACAAGAGGGAGAGAGUUGUGAAGGCAAGUCGCGAUGUGACGAUAAACAGCAAAAAGGUCAUAUUCCAGGUGCACAGAAUCAGUAAAGAUAAUAAAGAAGAAGUCUUGGCGAAGGCAGAAAAUGAUCUUGCAGCUGUGACUGAUCAGUAUAUAUCCAGAUUAGUAAAAGAGUUGCAAGGGACUGACUUUUGGAAGCUCAGGCGUGCCUAUACCUUUGCAGUCCAGGAGUAUGUUGAAGCUGCAACGCUGUGUAGAUUCUGCAAGACUGGGACUCUACUGAAUCUUGCUGAGAUUAAUGCUUCUUUGCUACCACUUAGUGAUCAAUCUGUUGAACCCUUGCAGAUAAAUGUUCUUGACUACCUUUUGGGGCUUGCAGAUUUGACUGGAGAACUGAUGAGACUAGCCAUUGGUCGAAUAUCAGAUGGAGAAGUAGAAUAUGCUGAGAAGAUAUGUCAAUUUGUACGGGAUAUAUAUAGGGAGUUAACCCUUGUUGUACCUCGUAUGGAUGACAACUCUGAGAUGAAGAAGAAAAUGGAAACAAUGCUUCAAAGUGUAGUGAAGAUUGAAAAUGCUUGCUUUAGCGUUCAUGUUAGAGGAUCAGAAUACAAUCCUUUGCUUGGAUCCAGUGAUCCAGAUUACUCCAUAUUCGGGGUACUAGACUUUUGAGUCAUAAAGUAGUUGCAGUUGCCUUGUUUCUCUAAAGGUGCAGAACAUAUCAUGGGACCAUAGGAGAAACAUGCAAAAAUAACAAGGGAACUCAAAUCCAUACCUGGAGGAUUAGGGAACUUGGUUCCUUAAUCUCGUGUACAUUUUGUUGUCAUCAAGGCUUUAAUUUUUUACGUUUUUAUCUCUAAUUUCUUCUGAAUGGAGGUUGAUUUUGUUGACGACAAAAUGUAGUUAUGUUAAACUCUAUUUACACCAGGAUUAUGCUAGAGAAUUAUUGACUAGGGAGCAGCAGAAUUGUUGGGUGUCUCUGCCUGAUUGGAUUUACUGAGGAUUUUGUUCAUGUCAGUCUCUUUGUUACAAUUUUUCAUGUAAUAGCUUUUGCUCAACAUGUGUAACAAAUUGCUUAACAUGUGCCCUGGAAUGAAGGUUUAAGUGGGUUUAAUAUGUUAUUCUGUUCUCUAA